GAUUUUGUGGGUAGUUUGUGGUUAAGUUCGCCGGAUGCGUUGGACACCUGCCCUAUGUUCUGUAAAUACUAUAAUUUUGUUGAUGGAGAGGAUUUCGAAUGACAGCCGGCACAGUGGUCAUCACAGGUGGAAUUCUGGCUGCCAUUAUCUUGCUAACUAUUGUCACAGUUCUGUGUUACUGUAGGCUGCAGUAUUACUGCUGUAAAAGAGACGAGUCAGAGGAGGGGGAGGAGGAGGCUGACAUUGCCAAGGCAUCGCCAAAUCCACCGCGCCAACCGAGUCCACCUGAGAGUCCACUGAGUCUUCAACAUUUCCCUGAAUAUGCGUCCUCCAAUCAGUUGCUAAUGACUGCAGAGCCCUUUGAGCCCAACGGACCAGUAAGCUAUCCUCAAUACUUCCUGCGCGCACCCUACAGACCGCCCCGCUCGUACACUUUCUGCCCGGUCCUGCUCGGGUAUCUGCCGCUCUACAUGAGCCCACAGGAGGGGCUGCGUAAUGGGGGUGGCAGGAUCAGCUACAGGACACUGCAGCAGGAGGAAUUAGACCUGCCAAUGGAGGCGCCCUGCUUCCACAAACUCAACCUCAUCCGCUCUGUCACCAUGCAAGAAGUGCUGACUUAUCACAGCAUCAGCACGGAUGUGUAG